UGGGAGGAUACCCAGCCCCCAGUCUUCCUAUUUGAAAACUAAAGAGCAAAAUGUAUGACAGGUACGGUAGUUCGCUCAAAUACCUUCAUGUCUCGUUAACCUAGAGGUCAAUUGCGGUUUCAAGACAGUCAGUAUGACUUCGUAACGUUGUCAGCUAAACCUUCAAUCUUCCCUGUAGCAGCGUCCAUAAGUCUUCUUUGUGUACCGUAUGUGCUCCAAAACUCCACACAGCUCACAUCUCCAGUGGGUAUCGAUGCCUUUGGCAGCAGAAUGAAUGUUAAUAUAUUCAAAUAAGUCAACAGUUAAGAUGGAAGAAAACCAGUAUACAUCAUUGACGGUACCCACGGAUUAUUUUCAGCAGUGGUACCAGUCCAGCCAGCAGCACCCCGAGGCUCAGCAUGUGAUGUCGUAUCACAACAUGGGCCACUACGCCGAAGGGCCCGGAGAUGACCUCGUCAUGGCCGAGCUGUCCGUCCACCGGGAACCGCCCGUCUACCAGGAACCUUUUUAUCAGAACUUUAACCCCCCGGCCCAAAAUCACUACCAGGAGCUGACCUACCAGCCGCACGCCAGGGAGCAGCAGCAGCAGCAUCCUGCUCCCCUGCACCACCCUCAGCAUCAACAUACAAUACAGCAGUUGGAGCCGAGUGUCCGGCACCCACCUCAGCCGUCCGCUCCCUCUCAAGUCGUGACGCCGGUGAAGAAGAAGAGAGGGCGGCCUCCGAAGCAGCCGGUGGAGGACGGCAAGACGCAUGACGAGGACAACGAGAUCGAGGCGGCAAAAAAAGCCAAGAGGGCUCUCAACCGCUUCAACGGCAUGUCGGUGGCCGAGGUUAUGGCCAAAACCCUGCCGGACGUCAUCACCUACAACCUGGACAUUCUGAUAAUUGGAAUUAACCCAGGACUCCUGUCAGCCUUCAAAGGACGCCAUUAUCCAAACCCAGGAAACCAUUUCUGGAAAUGUCUGUUUCUGUCCGGCCUGACUGACGAGCAGCUCAACUUCAUGCAUGACCAGAACCUGCCGGAACUAUACAACAUCGGCUUCACCAACAUGGUGGAGAGGACCACGCCCGGCAGCAAGGACCUCUCCAGUAAGGAGAUUCGAGAAGGAGGUCGGCAGUUACUUGACAAGCUGCAGAAAUACAAACCAUUAAUAGCAGCUUUUAAUGGAAAAGGUAUUUAUGAAAUCUUCUGCAAAGAAACCUUCGGCGUGAAGGCAAAGAAUCUGGACUUCGGUCUGCAGCCGUACAAAAUCCCAGAAACUGAGACGGUGUGCUACCUGAUGCCGUCAUCGAGCCCUCGCUGCGCGCAGUUCCCGCGCGCGCAGGACAAGGUGCAUUUCUACAUCAAGCUGAAGGAGCUGCGGGACGAGAUGAAGGGCGAGAUGAAGGGCCUGAUACCCAAGAUCGAGGUGGAGGAGACGGAGUACAAGUUCGAUCUGCAGCUGGCGAAAGAGGACGCGAAGAGGAUGGCAAUCAAAGAGGAGCAGGUGGACCCGGAGUACGAGAGCUGCGGCGGGCUGCACGGCGACGCCAGCCGGAGCAGCAGCUCCACCAACUAGAAAGAGACGGAGGCAGAGGAGAAACCAAGGCCUGUAGCACACAGGUCGUCACCGUGUUGUUCUGAUUGUAUUCAGUUGGAACUAAAUGGAAAAUUUGGGGAGUUUCAGGUGCUGAAACUCUUUACACCGUAUAUAAAACACUGUGAUAGAUUUACUCAUCUAGAGCUGUUUAGAAGUGGAAACAGGUCGGUCCAAAAUCCAAAAAUCAUCGUAUCUCGCUCACUCUCUCCGUCAUAUGUGUAAAACAAUGACAUCCACUAUUUUUUUUACUUUUCUUUUUUAGGCACGCGCUACAUUCUCGAAAAAACACGUAAUGCAAACGAAACGUUUGUUUGUUUACAAGAAAAAGUCGACGGGACACCUUUUUUUUUAUUUUUAUUUUAUUUUUUUAUUCACGUCAUUUGCAGAAAAAAUGGCCCACUUGACUUUUAUCCUUUUUAAAAAAUUAAAAAAGACACCUUGUUGGUUUCUAGAGAUAAAAUAAAUCGCUGAACUUUUCCUUCUCCAAGCGGCACAGUCCAUCUUUUUUUUUGUUUUGUUUUUUGCGUUGCAUGGUUAAUGGACACUGUAGACCGGUCAGCGGGACACCAUGCAGCCGGAGAGCUCCACUGACCAGACGCCAGACAUCAGCUGUACUAGUAGCAUGAUGCAUCGAGGACAGGCGACACGCCUUCUGACGACACCGCGAGAAAAGAGAAGCCGUGACGUGUGACCCCCCCCCCCCCCCCCGGAGGCCUCGCCGGUGUGAACGCACAAGAGAAGAAAAAAACGUGCCCCGCCACGAUCACAUUUUCUAACUCUCGGGACAGAACUGCAUGUUUUUGGUGUUAUUUUUUAUCACUAUUUAUUGCAUUUUGUAUGGUACAUGUGUCCAGUGACUUAUUUUUGUAUUUUGAAAAGAACGACAUUUUAUGAUUUAUCGGCUGUAUAAAUAGGUUAAUUGUACUCGGGAGUUUCUAAAUCUGUAAUUACAGAGUUAUUAAAUCUCUUCUAAAAGCU